UGACCCGCGCCGACCAUGGCGGCGCUGCGGCUCCUGGCGUCGGCGCUCGGGCGCGGGGUCCCCGCCGGCGGGGCUUCAGGGCUCGCGCUGUCCCAGGGCUGCGCUCGCCUCUCUGCCACCAGUCCCGCCCGCGCCAAGUUCUACACGGACCCGGUGGAGAUGGUGAAGGACAUCUCUGACGGGGCGACCAUCAGAGGUCGGGGCUUCGGGCUCUGCGGGAUCCCCGAGAACCUGAUCGCCGCGCUGCUCAGGACCGGCGUGAAGGACUUGCAGGUGGUCAGCAGCAACGUGGGCGUGGAGGACUUCGGCCUGGGCCUCCUGAUGGCCUCCAGGCAGAUCCGCCGCAUCGUCUGUUCCUACGUGGGUGAGAACACGCUGUGCGAGAGCCAGUACCUGGCAGGAGAGCUGGAGCUGGAGCUCACGCCCCAAGGCACCCUGGCCGAGCGCAUCCGCGCGGGGGGCGCCGGGGUACCCGCCUUCUACACCCCCACGGGCUACGGGACCCUGGUCCAGGAAGGGGGCGCCCCCAUCCGCUACACCCCAGACGGCCACCGGGCUAUCAUGAGCCAGCCCCGAGAGGUGAGGGAGUUCCAAGGCGACCACUUCCUUUUGGAGCGCGCCAUCCGGGCGGACUUCGCCCUGGUGAAAGGGUGGAAGGCCGACCGGGCAGGAAACGUGGUCUUCAGGGGGAGCGCCCGCAAUUUCAACGUGCCCAUGUGCAAAGCUGCAGACGUCACGGCGGUGGAGGUGGAAGAGAUCGUGGAUGUGGGGACUUUUCCCCCAGAAGACAUCCACGUUCCAAACAUUUAUGUAGAUCGUGUGAUAAAGGGGUAGAAAUACGAGAAACGAAUUGAGCGCUUGACAUCAGGAAAGAGGAAAAUGGAGACGGCGAAAAGAAAGGAAGCCAGGAUGCGCAUCAUCAGACGCGCAGCUCUGGAAUUUGAGGACGGCAAGUACGCCAAUCUGGGCAUAGGCAUCCCCCUGCUGGCCAGCAACUUCAUCAGCCCCAGCAUGACCGUGCAUCUUCACAGAGAGAACGGGAUCCUGGGCCUGGGCCUGGGCCCGUUUCCCACGGAAGAUGAGGUGGAUGCCGACGUCAUCAAUGCAGGCAAACAGACCGUCACGGUGCUUCCCGGGGGCUGCUUCUUUGCCAGCGACGACUCCUUCGCCAUCAUCCGAGGGGGACACCUCCACCUAACCAUGCUCGGAGCCAUGCAGGUUUCCAGAUACGGCGACCUGGCAAACUGGAUGAUCCCUGGCAAGAAGGUGAAAGGCAUGGGCGGUGCCAUGGACUUGGUGUCCAGUCCGAAGACCAGAGUGGUGGUCACCAUGGAGCACUGCACAAAGGACAACAUCCCUAAGAUCAUGGAGAAAUGCACCAUGCCACUGACCGGGAAGCAGUGCGUGGACCGCAUCAUCACCGAGAAGGCCGUGUUUGACGUGCACAGGAAGAGAGGGUUGACGCUGACGGAGCUCUGGGAGGGCCUGACCGUGGACGACGUCAGAAAGAGCACGGGGUGUGCCUUUGCUGUGUGCCCGAACCUCAGGCCCAUGCAGCAGGUAGCACCCUGAUGGGACCCGGAUCUGGGGGGGGUGCACUCCUCAGGGGGUCCCACCGGGUUCCCCAGGGGACGUCGGUUACCGCAGGAAUGCAUUUACCCAGCGCUGGGAGGCGUUUGCUGCUGGCCUCCAACUUUCCUCCCUAGGUGGACUGUGCUCCUCCAGAGAGCUGCGACUUUAAUUAAAAACAACAGGAAAACAGAUCAGCUCCUCACUGUGUUCCUCAAGCACUAAAAGGAAGGAGAGGAGUAGGGUGGGGGAGCUUCUCCAGGCCUGCCAGAUGCAGGGCUCUGAACCUAGACCUGCUGUUAGUCCCCUUUUGCCACCCCCAUCUCCCCGAGCCACACCCAGCCAGGCCCCUGCAAUUUGCUUGGAAAGUAUAUGAUAAUCCUGGCUCUGACCCACCUUGGUCUGGGACCCUGAACAGUUGCUGCUCUCUCUGGGCCUUAGUUUCUGCUUCUGUAAAAUGGGAACCUGGGAUUAGCUACUUCGAGUCCCCAGUCAGGCUCACCUGGCCUGUGAGACCUACAGAGGGGUUCCCAGCACCCAAGCCAGGCCUGGCUCACAGGGGCUCUGUGAGGGUCUGUGGUGUAACUGAUCUAAUGUGACAUUCUAUCCUGUGUCUGGGAGACCCCCGUAAGACCCUUGAACACAGCUGCACAGAAGCAAAUAGUGAGCAAAGCAUGCAGGACUGAUGGCCCCUCUGGCCCCAACGCUGCCAGGGCUCCCCAGGGAAUCGCAGGACAGAGCCACACAUGCAGCCUGGAGGGCUGCCCUGGGCCCCAGGUUGUCCCCAUGUGUCAGCCAGUCCGCAGAGUGACACUCCAGUGCCCAGGCUGGUGACCCUCACCACCCCACACAGGCUGCUCUGUUCUCUCCUCGUUGUGACCUGUCUUGCCUUUUCCUCUGCACCCUGGCUCUGGUCCUUGUAUUUCUGCUGCUUCCCCAUAACCUUGACUCACCGUGAACCAAGCUCUGCCCAGUGGCUUCUCUCUGGGCCUCCUUGCUGUCAGUGCCUGCAGCUCACAGCCUCCCUGUCUCAGCAGCUCUUGUCCACACUCCUGUUUGUGGCAGAUGACGUCACAGGUCAAAGGUUGGUCUCUGAAUUCACUGGUGGUUCAAUCAACUGGCCAGUGGACACCGGGACUGAGGCACAGCUGCUUAAGGGCUGACCUUUGAGUGGGACUAAGGGUGGGGCAGGCAUUGUCCUUGACCUGCAGGGUGUACUGGAGAAGUAUGUAGGAAUAAAUACAUCUGUAUGUGUAGUGUCUAA